GCGAGGGAGCUCAAGCUAAGGGGAAGCCCCAAGCGCUGCUCUCCAGCCGUUGCGGUUUGGGUGCCGAGGAGAGGACAGCCUGCCGAUGCACGGCCACGUAAUUUGGUCCAGCGCUCUUCGAAGGUCUCUGCUCUUCGGCGCGCUACCAGCAAGACGGUCGAUCCGGCGCCUCCAGCCCCACUUUUAUCGGUUCCCGAUCUUGGUGGGGCUGUGUGGCUAAGGGAAUUUUUGCUCAGCUGCCCAUGGCUGCUGCUGCUGCUGCAGUUGCGGCUUCACUUUCCACUUCUCUUGCCAAACCCGUCCUUGUCGAUCGUCCUGUCUAUCUGCCUCGCUUCUUUCUUCCAUUCUCGUUGACGUGCACCCCCAACCGCUCCUUGAGAAGAAGAACCGCCACCACCUCCACCACUACCACCACCACCGUUUGUUGUGCCUCCGAGACCAGGCCACAGUCGACCGCUCCCCACCAGAAAUGGCAGUCGUUUCGCAAAAAGAAAGUGGUCAUGCGAGUCGGAUACGUCGGUACAGAGUAUAGAGGUUUGCAACGGCAGCGAGAUACUGGCCCACCGACCAUUGAAGGUGAACUAGAAGCUGCAAUAUUUAAGGCUGGUGGAAUCCUCGAUAGAAAUUAUGGGAAUUUAUAUAAAAUAGCGUGGGCACGAAGUAGCAGGACUGAUAAAGGAGUUCACUCGCUAGCCACAAUGAUCUCUUUAAAGAUGGAGAUCCCUGAGGAUGCUUGGAAAAAUGAUCCUUUAGGCAUCCGCCUCACAGAUUGUGUUAAUCAUCAUCUACCUAGUACUAUCAAAGUCUUUGGUAUUUUACCUUCUACAAGGAGCUUUGAUGCUCGAAGGGAAUGUGUCAUCCGCAAGUAUGCCUACCUUAUUCCUGCUGAAGUAAUAGGGAUUACACAUCAUAGUAGUGCUGCAGAAAUAGAUAAUCAUUUAAUGGAAUUUUCCAGAAUACUGAAAGUUUUUGAGGGAGCACAUCCUUUCCAUAAUUAUACCAUACGGUCAAAAUAUAGAAAAGGUUCACGCAGCCUGAAACAUGUCGCGUUGAGGACAAGAAUAUCAGAUGGUCUAUACCAUGAAAGCAAGAACAGGAAAGUUGAAUGUGCAGUCAGCAAGUCUACAAGUGAAGCAAGGAAGGAUCAUUUGCUGGUUAACGGUUCAGAUGAAGACAAUGCUGAAGAUUCUGAAUCUGUGAGUACAGUGCCUGAUAUCGAGAUGAACAAUGGGCAAACUGACCUUGUUGUCAGCAGGGAUGAAGAUGCCUUUGAAGAAAGGCAGGAACUUUUCCCUGUUAAUGAAUCAUCAGAUGAAGAUACAGCAGAAGAUUCUUUAUCUGAGAAUAUGUUGAAUGAUUUAGGUUCUCCUGUGGCAAUUCUUGCGAGAUGGCUGAAUGAGCCAGAUGAAAUGGACAGACUGAGUUCUUCACACUUCAGGAGAAUUGUCUCGUGCACUUGUGGAAAGCUUGAAUCUGUGUCUGGGUUUCAAUAUAUUGAAGUCUCUAUAUCCGGUGUGUCUUUUAUGUUGCAUCAAAUCCGGAAGAUGAUGGGUACUGCAGUGGCUGUGAAACGGUCUCUACUGCCAAAAGAUAUCAUUCAGUUAUCUCUAAAUAAGUUUUCUCGAAUAGUCUUGCCUCUUGCACCAUCUGAAGUUCUCAUCUUAAAGAGCAAUCAGUUCUCACUGGAUCGCAUUUCACGUGGAUGUGUUUCCAAGCCCGAAGUUGUGAGAUUAAUUGAAUCACAUGAGAUCCAGAAGUCAGUUGAUCAAUUUCAUGCUGACGUUGUAUUACCUCAAUUGUCUAGAUUUUUGGAUACAUCUACAUCUCCUUGGAAAGAGUGGUUGGAAAACCUUGAUACUUAUACCAGCAUUCCUGAUGACCAGCUUGAACAAGUCAGGGGUGCUUGGAGUUUAUGGAGAGACAGCUAUAAGUCGUCGGAACCUGAGGGAGCAUCAUACAAGUAAUGCUGUACCAUUCUGUUGAAAUAGCUGAAUUAGAAGAAGUGGAAAAACAUGGAAGAAGGUCCCACUGACCCGCAUGUGAAUUAUAUGGCGAACAACUCUUGCGGAAGAGAAGAGGAAAAAGCUCCCCUUACACCCAUUUGGCGUUUCUUUUUGCAGGAAAUGUUAUAAAACGUGCUUGUCUCCAAUCCUGAUAGGCUACUUGAUUGAUUGAUAUUUGUAUCCCGGUUCAGCAUAAAUCCACUUGAAGUUAAGAGUACACCAGCUUUGCUGUGUUCUCCUGUGGGCGAAGCUUUUUUCUUUUUUAUUCUCUGAUUGGUGAAGAACUUUUCCCUCAAAAAGCCUGUCAAGGAACGUCCCAAACAUUUGCCGAGACAGCUUCUCUGUUCCACAGCGUUCCCUGUAAUAAUAACAUUGGCGCUGCCAUUGCUUUUGAAGGAAAGAACUGGAGGAAUCUGCCUAACAUUUUGCUGCUAAUUCAGAAGUGGUCUUUCAUGUCUA